AUGGUGUUUGAGGAAAACGAUUUCAACGAAAUUGCUAUAGCGGCGCAAUUUGUUGUUUCACCUUUGAUGGAAAUUGAUAUCCAGCAGUUUGCAACUGCUGUUACGCAGAAUUUUAGCGAAGACAUCGCUGCGACAGAAAUGGAAAUGAUUGCGUUUCAAAAUGAUUUAGCUUUAGAAUUUUUAAUCUCAGAUACAAAAUGUAUCAGGCCUUCAGUUAUAUUCGCAAUUCCAAAUAAAUACGGUGUCAAUUUCAUUGUUUAUGAACUACAACUAAUUAAAUAAUAACGAAAUGGAGACAUUUUUAAAUACCACCAAACAUAUCGGUGGCGAGUCGACUGAAACUGAAGUUGAAAGUACACAAACUAAAAAGACCCUAGGGGAUACUGGAUACUGAUACACUUCAAGACAUAAAUGCUGAUGCUGAUCUUAUGGAAUUGUAGACCAACCCCGUGAUACCAUAUUUGCUAAAUUGUAGAAUUUGAAUUUGUAACGGAACACUUUCGUUGUCAAUUGUCUCGCUCACUUGUUCUUGACUAUCGAAAACUAUCGAUUAUUAUCGAUAGCCAAUAGCAACACUAUCGAUAACUAUCGAUGGUGUCAACAAUCGAUAGUUCUCCAUCAGUAAUCGCAAAUAGACGCUUCUUGUUGAGAUCGGUAGUAGGGGAGCCGACAAACACGCCGGUGUUGCCAAAUUUCGCCUAGCAUCACGCAAGGCGAAGAUUUGCUGACUGCUGACUUGCUAGCUAUUGCUUAUAAAUUAUAGAGGUAUCAUAAGAUGUUAUAUAUUGUAUAGUUUCUAAAAAAUCGCUGAAUGUUUCCAUUGUGUAGAAUAUGUAACAUUUUGCAGGCUAGGAUUUUGUGCCGGUUUUAAAUUACGUCCAUCCAAUAUGUAAAUUCCUAUUAAAUGGAUUAUAAUGGCAAGUUAAAUUUGAAGCUGCAGUUAAUGCUAACGCAAUUAAUUUGUAUGUGAACGAAUUAGCAGAUCGAAAGAUUUUAAAUUAAUUUGUGGGUACGUAUAAAGAGUGCUGAGGGUGGUAGCAAGUAGGUGC